AUCAACUCGGCGAGGUGACGAAACUUGCUCUCACCUCAUAUUUCGCCAUCACAAGUCAGGCUGGCUAGUCUAGUGAGUUAGUCUUCUUGCCAAAAGUCAGCACAGAAUUCCCUCUGCUUCGGAAGAGUCUUCGAUUUGCUAUAGAACGCGACGCAGUGGACCGGAUGUCAUUGUUUGGAGCUAACCAAUACCUCGCAUAGUUCAUGUCCAAUUCUUUCAAGAACAGAUACACCUCAGAAGAACCUCAUCCCAAGCCAACUUUCUCAAUAUCACAGCCAUGUCGAAGCCCAUAGUUCUCCAACUGGGCCAAAUCGAGCACGCCCACGACACCUGGGCCUCCCUCGCUGACGUCGCCCAAAUCAUCAAGCCCAAGGCCACCAACCGCGCCGAGUUCCUCGAGGAGUGCAAGUCCGGCGCCCUCGACGGCGUAAAUGCAAUCUACCGCACCUUUGCAAGCGUCCACAUCACCGGCCGCAUCGACGCCGAGCUCAUCGCCGCUCUGCCCUCCAGCGUAGGCUUCAUCUGCCACAAUGGCGCCGGCUACGACCAAAUCGACAUCCCAGCCUGCACAUCCCGCUCCCCCAACCCCAUCCUCGUCUCAAACACCCCCACCGCAGUCGACGACGCAACAGCAGACAUUGCAAUCUUCCUCAUCCUCGGCGCCCUUCGCAACCUCAACGCCUCCAUCCUCUCCAUCCGCGACGGGAAAUGGAAAGGUCAACCCCCUCCCCCGCUAGGCCGCGACCCCCAGGGGAAAAUCCUAGGCAUCCUAGGUAUGGGCGGCAUCGGGCGCAACAUGGCCAAGAAGGCGAGGGCGUUUGGCAUGGAGGUGCGGUAUUUCAACCGUACGAGGCUCGAGGGCCAUUUGGAGGAGGAGUGCGGUGCCAGCUACGUUGAUUUCGAGACGUUGUUGCGGGAGAGUGAUGUGAUUUCUCUCAACCUGCCUCUAAACGCCCACACCCGCCACAUAAUCUCAACCCCGCAAUUCGACCUCAUGAAACCUGGCGUGGUGGUAGUAAACACGGCCCGCGGCGCCGUCAUCGACGAAGCUGCGCUCGUCUCGGCCCUCGACUCCGGAAAAGUCGCCAGCGCGGGUCUCGACGUCUUUGAGAACGAGCCCGAGGUCCACCCCGGCCUUCUCGCCAACCCCAAUGUGCUGAUUGUUCCGCACAUGGGCACCUGGACGCUCGAGACGACCGUUAAGAUGGAGAAGUGGGCUAUUGGGAAUGUAAGGAGGGCGGUGACGGAGGCGAAGUUGGACAGUGUUGUUGUUGAGCAAAAGGGGCUUGUUGCUUAG